AUGGGUAACCAAUGUGACCCAUCCGCACAAGAGUACGGAGGCGGAGAGGAGUGUCGUCUGGCUGAAAGAUGUGCCUCUGGGGAGUGGAGGCACCGAUGCAAGCGAGGAAGUCAGUGGGUCGGUUCCCCUCACGGAAGAUGUGCGAUAUCCGGUAGCGGAUCGACUGAAGUCAAAAUUUAUUACAUGGCCAUGGCGAAGGACAUUGGGUCUGUUUUUGAAUCAAAUGUUGGUAAAGAUGCUCUGUAUUUUCGGUUGGGCGAUAAAGAAUUCAUUGAUGGCUGGAAUGUUGGCAUAGAUGGUAUGCGUAUUGGUAGAAAGAGGAGGCUUAUCGUCCCACCUUCAAUUGGUUUUGGAGAUAGCGCACUGGGAGAAGAUGUUCCACCAAAUUCAUGGCUGAUAUACGAAAUUGAUCUGCUUAGUUUGUCGAAGCUUAAUCCUAAGCUCAUUUACAUGAGACUUGUUAUACUUGUUCUUUUGUUUCAGUUUGACGGCUGUCUUCUGCUAGGAAUUCAGUGGUUGGAAGACUACAUAUGCAAUGAACCUGAAAAUCUUGUCAUGAUUAACACAGAUAUAUUAUAUUUUCUAUUGGAUACAAGUCGACCACGACAACGCACGACGCACACCCGCGCUCAGCCGCUCGCAGUCAAGCACCGCGACGCACGAGGCACACAGCUCCAAGCUGCAAGCAAUCAAGCGACCCCAUACGCGAGCAGACCGCGCGACCUGAAAACCACAAGCAAGCAGCCCCAAGCGACACUCAUGCCGCAUGCGAGCAGCCCCACGCGACCAACACAUAACGACUGUGCGACCUGCGAGUCACGCGUAUGCGGGCAAGAGCUACAGGAGAGAGCUAAGAGCGUGUGUAGGCGAUGCUUGCGAGCAACGAGCAACAAGCGUGUGUGGGAGACACCUGUGGGCGACGGGAAGCAAGCGUGUGCGGGCGAUGCCUGCGGGAAACAGACAGCAGGCGUGUGCGGGCGAUGCAGCGAUGUCGUUCAGAUACAGAAAGACAAGAAACAGGACUACAUAUCUCAUGAGGGCCUUGAAUGCAAACGAGCAGCCUUCGGGAAUCUACAAGUGAAAAGGAGACCGGAUCGGAAGAAAAGCGGCCUCGGGCAAUGGCGUGGACGGCUCGCGUGGAUUGGCGGCAUGCUCGGGGACGUGCGUGAUUGGAGGAUCGUUGUUCGUGGACGUGCGAGGAAGUUCGUUGAUCGUGGCCUGGCAUGGAGGACGCAGUUGGGCGAGGCGAGCGGCUGGGGCGUGCGAUGGUCUCGCGGGAGUGCGCCGGCUAAAGAAUGA